GAUCAAACGAAUUGUGCAAAAUAUUUUCCUGCGAACUGGUUUACGUCGACAUAAAUUCCUGUACUGUUCAGUGGUCUAGACUGGUUUUCUAAUUAGGGCUCGAAAUAAUGUCAACCGCACGUCGUAGUGUUUCCCGUGGUUCAGGAAAAUCCGGGCGCGGUAGGAGCAGAGCUUCAAUUUCCAAAGGACACCUAGCUGGAUCAGCAAAGGAUAAACUUACCGUUAAGUAUGGUAGCGAAGAAUCGGAAUCCACGGAUCCUAAUUCAUCUACUGACGAGGAAGAGCGCUGGAAGGAAUCGAAGAAUACCAACGAUGUGCCGUCCGAGUACUGGUACAUCCAAAAGUUGGUAAAGUACAUGAAGGCAGGAAACCAAACGGCAACGAUCGUGGCGCUGUGCUGUCUAAAAGACCAUGACCUAACGACACAGAUGAACCAAAGGGCGAUUCAGGACUGCGGCGGGCUGGAAGUGCUCGUCAAUCUGCUCGAGAGCAACGAUCUCAAGUGUCGACUGGGGGCACUGACGGUGUUGUCGGAGAUCUCGUCCAACUUGGACAUCCGCCGAUCGAUAGUUGACCUAGGAGGUAUUCCGCUGUUAGUGCAGAUACUGUCGGAACCGGGACGUGACCUGAAGAUAAUGGCUGCGGAAACGCUGGGCAAUGUGGCCAAGGUGCGACUCGCCCGCAAACUUGUGCGCAGGUGUGGCGGCGUGCUGCGGCUGGUGGAUUUGCUGGAUGUUAACAUCAACGUCCUUCGAUCACAGCGUGACCAACUGGGUGAAGACGAACGUGAAAUGCUCGAUAUGGCACGGGCCGGAGCCCGAGCUCUAUGGUCCCUGUCCGAGUCCCGACACAACAAGGAACUUAUGUGCAAGGGCGGAAUCGUUCCACUGAUGGGACGACUGCUGAAGAGUGUCCAUAUUGACAUCGUUGUUCCGACUAUGGGUACCAUACAGCAGUGCGCCUCGCAGGCCAACUAUCAGCUGGCAAUCACCACCGAGGGAAUGAUCUUCGAUAUUGUGUCUCAUCUGACUUCGGACAACUUGGAUCUGAAAAGGCAGUGUAGUUCGGCGAUUUUCAAGUGUGCCAGCGAUAAGACCGCUAGCGACAUGGUUCGGGAGUCAGGUGGGUUGGAACCAUUGGUAGGUAUUGCAAAAGAUAAGUCAGUCCGGGACAACAAGCCAUUGUUGGCAGCCGCAACCGGCGCCCUGUGGAAAUGUGCUGCUAGCGAAGCAAACGUAAAAAAGUUGGAUCAGUUGAAGACGGUUCAGGUUUUGGUCCAGUUGCUUAAUGACGAAAGUGAAGAUGUGCUCACUAAUGCAGUCGGAGCUAUUUCAGAAUGUGUCAAAUACCAAAACAACCGAGAAACUCUUCGUGCUAGCGGAGGUAUUCCAUUGUUGGUCAACUUGUUAAAUAUGACUCAUGCUCCUCUACUGGAGAAUAUUGCAAAAACGUUGAAAGAAUGUGCAUCUGAUCCGGAAAGUAUGACACUGAUGGAGGAAUUGGAUGCAAUUCGUUUAAUUUGGUCACUCUUGAAAAAUUCGAAUCCAAAAGUACAGGCUCAUGCAGCAUGGGCACUUUGCCCUUGCAUCGAAAAUGCCAAAGACUCGGGAGAAUUGGUGCGUAGUUUCGUUGGUGCACUGGAGCUUGUCGUUGGGCUGCUUAGCUCACGGGAUAACUUCGUUCUCUCAGCAGUUUGUGCAGCCAUUGCCACUAUCGCCAAGGAUCGGGAGAAUUUAUCAGUCUUAUCAGAUCACAAGGUCAUUACGAUGUUGGCCCACCUUGUGUACACAACGGAUGAUUUGCUACGGGAGAACUUGGCAGCAGCAAUAGCCAGCUGUGCCCCAUACGCAUCCAACACGCAAGAGCUGGGACGGCUUCGAACUGUGACACCGAUCGUUGGUUACAUGGUUAGCAACAACCCGAGAGUUCAUCGUACAACAGCAAUGGCACUGCAAAAGCUUUCGGAAGACCCACAAAAUUGCAUCACGAUGCAUCAGAGCGGCGUGGUUCCAUUUCUACUGGAAACUGUCGGCUCUAAGGAUCGUGAGCUACAGGAAGCUUCCGCCGGCUGUUUGCAGAAUAUUCGAAAACUUGCUUUGCGUGCCGAAGAGGUUGAGUUUCGUGGCGAGUAAGGCUAUAGAGUUUUUGUAUUAGAAUUCCGCAUUGUGAUUAGUAGUUUGAUUAGUUUUUGUAACCAAUAUAUUUAAUACCCAC